AUGAAGAUUGAUACUGUUUCUGGAGAAAGGAAAUCACGCAAGAGACGCAGUAGUGGAAGAAGGGACUCAGUGGAAGAUACUCUUGAGAAGUGGAAGAAAUACAAUAAGCAACAGCAACAAAAGCUUGGUUGUGGAGAUAAUGGAGCUGAAAAGAUUCACAAAGCUCCUGCAAAAGGUUCAAGAAAAGGGUGCAUGAGAGGAAAAGGUGGUCCUCAGAAUUCAGAUUGCAAUUUCAGAGGAGUUAGACAGAGGAUUUGGGGUAAAUGGGUUGCAGAGAUUCGCGAACCUAUCAAUGGUAAACAUGUUGGUGAGAAAGCAAAUAGGCUUUGGCUUGGUACUUUUUCUACUGCACAUGAAGCUGCUCUUGCUUAUGAUAAAGCAGCUAAGGCUAUGUAUGGACCUAGUGCUCGUUUGAACUUUCCUAAUGGAUUACCACCACCUUCAUCAUCAAGUGGUGGUUCUGUUGAUUCAUUGAAUGGUGAGGAGGAUCUUGCAAAAGUUGUAGAGUUGGAGGGUAAUCUUAGUCAGUCUGAUGAAGAGAAUAAGAUUCUUUCUGAAGAUUUUGUUGCUGAUGACGACUCAGUCGAGGUAUUGAAGGAAGGGAAAAUAGCUGGCACUGUCCAAUGUAUAACCAAUAAGAGAUGUAAGAAAAUUGUUCAUCAAGAGCCCUACAAGAAUGUUAAAUCUGAAACACGUGGAGAGAAAGAAUGGCUAGAGAGUGAAUCAGAGAAGGUUUUGGAGAAUUCUGGCAUGGGUGGAGAGUGUUAUCAUGUACAGGAGGAGUAUAUAGAUUUAGCCCUGAACUCAGGAGCUGAUUGUGGAUCUUUUGAUAUAGCAGAAAAUGGGAUUCUGGUGAAGACUGAGGAAACAAUCAGAGGAUCAGUGGAGGAUUUGGAAACCUUUGAGUUGAACUGCAACAACAAUUUCCUUGGAAACCUGCACAAUAUGCUUCCAGAUAUCAAUCCAAGACCAGAUUCUGAGUAUUCUAACAUCAAAACCGUCGCUUCUCUUGCAAAGAAACAUAAGAAUAGAGAUUCUGAUGAGAUGAAAAAUGAGCUUAAGGGAUUGGAAUGCAAGCUGAGAGGCCAAUCUAUUGAUUGCAAUAAUGAUGAGGCUCAGAGAUUACCUUGCGUGCAGGGAAUUCAUUUGUUUGGUGGCGGCAGUGUUGGACCAGUUGAAAGAAUGUCCCAAGUUGAGGCUUUGAACAUCAACACUAAUAAAAGCACUAAUUUAAAAGAGAGAGGAAAUAAUGGAAGUGCACCUCAUGGAUUGAGUUCAGGGCAAAGUAGGAAGCUGAGUGAUCUUUCUCAACAGCUGCAGAAGUUAGGUGGUUACUUGCCUGAAAAUUGGAAUAAUAUGCAGUUUGCAGAUCUUGAAGUUGGUUAUGAUUAUAGUUUCUUAAAACCUGAUUAUGAUUUUGGCUUACUAGAAGAGCAAAAGUUGCUAGAUAUAUGUUUUUCACAUAUAGGAUCUUAA